AUGGAAGACAAGUUUACUAACCUUAGUCUCCACGAGAAAAAUAGUAGGUCAUCCAUGCAAACAAACGAGCAAACAGGCGCAGACAAUGGCUCUGCUGUCAAGAGAACAGCCUCGACGUCUUCGCAAUACAAUAACAUCAACGCUGACCUUCAUGCUCGUGUAAAAGCUUUUCAAGAACAACGUGCACUGAAAAGAUCUGCCAGCGUGGGCAGCAACAAAAGCGAGCAAGACAAGGGCAAUUCACAAUCACCUAAACAUAUUCAGCAGAUUGUAAACAAACCAUUACCGCCUCUUCCUGUGGGUGGAAGUGCGAAGGUUUCGCAAAGAAUGAGUGGCCAGGUUGUCCAAACCUCUUCCAAGAGCACCCUCAAGAACGACCUGAUCGCUCAAGAUACUCAGGAUGCUAUUGUAAUGUCCAAGGCUACUAACGUCAAUAUAAACAUCAAUAAAACAGAAGUCACCACUACAACGAUUGGUGUGAACACUGGCAUGCCUGCAAUUGGCGUUACGCCGACAGCUUCCAGUACCGCUUCGGCAGCACAUAAAACGCAGCUGCUGAAUCCUAAUAGAAGAGCACCAAGAAGGCCACCAUCUACUCAGCAUCCAGCAAGGCCCAGUAUUGCUCAGCAUAAGGUUCCUGCAAUCAUCAACACCCCAAAACAAAGCUUAAGCGCCCGUAGGGGGUUAAAGUUACCUCCUGGUGGGAUGUCAUUAAAAAUGCCCAUCAAAACCGCUCAGCAGCCGCAACAGUUUGCGCCAAGCCCUUCAAACAAGAAACACAUUGAAACCGUAUCUAACAGCGUUACUGUGGAGGGAAAACGGUCAAAUCCAGGCUCUUUGAUAAAUGGCGUGCAAAGUACGUCUACCUCCUCGAGUACCGAAGGCCAACGCGAUACUGUAGGAACUAAACCCAGAAGUUCAAAUAGCAACAACUCUUCAAGUUCGGGGAGUAGUGGAGGCGGCGGCCUUUUCGCAAAUUUUUCGAAAUAUGUAGAUAUCAAAUCCGGCUCAUUAAAUUUUGCAGGUAAACUAUCGCUGUCCUCCAAAGGUAUUGAUUUCAGUAAUGGUUCCAGUUCUAGGAUUACACUGGACGAGCUAGAGUUCUUGGAUGAACUGGGUCAUGGUAACUAUGGUAAUGUAUCUAAAGUAUUGCAUAAGCCCACGAACGUUAUUAUGGCCACGAAGGAGGUUCGUUUGGAACUAGACGAAGCUAAAUUUAGACAGAUUCUGAUGGAGUUAGAAGUGUUACAUAAAUGCAAUUCUCCGUUUAUUGUGGAUUUUUAUGGUGCCUUUUUCAUUGAGGGCGCGGUCUACAUGUGUAUGGAAUACAUGGAUGGUGGUUCCCUGGACAAGAUAUACGACGAAUCGUCUGAAAUUGGAGGUAUUGAUGAACCACAGUUAGCGUUUAUUGCCAAUGCUGUCAUUCAUGGAUUAAGAGAGUUGAAAGAACAGCAUAAUAUCAUACAUAGAGAUGUCAAGCCAACAAACAUACUAUGUUCUGCCAACCAAGGUACAGUGAAGUUAUGUGAUUUCGGUGUUUCAGGUAAUCUGGUUGCAUCUUUAGCCAAGACAAAUAUUGGUUGUCAGUCGUACAUGGCACCUGAGCGUAUCAAGUCCCUAAAUCCAGAUAGAGCUACUUAUACUGUACAGUCUGAUAUUUGGUCGUUAGGUUUAAGUAUUCUAGAAAUGGCAUUGGGUAGAUAUCCGUAUCCACCAGAAACAUUCGACAACAUUUUCUCCCAGUUGAGCGCCAUUGUUGACGGGCCACCUCCAAGAUUACCAUCAGAUAAGUUCAGUUCCGACGCACAAGAUUUUGUUUCUUUAUGUCUACAAAAGAUUCCGGAAAGAAGACCAACAUACUCAGCUCUAGCGGAACACCCUUGGCUGGUGAAAUACAGAAAUCAAAAUGUUCAGAUGAGCACAUAUAUCACAGAAAGAUUAGAGAGACGCAGCAAAAUUCUACAGGAACGAGGUGAAAAUGGUUUAUCUAAAAAUGUACCAGCAUUGCAUAUGGGUGGUUUAUAG